GGGAGGGAUGGGUUGUUGUGUUGUAUAAGCUAUAUAUACAGUACUGGAGUAAUAGUGGUUAUACAGUGUGUAAGUCUAUAUGCGACGCAGUGUCUGAUUGUCAGCACUGAUGCAGUCAUUCAGUCAGUCAUUCACUUUGUUUGAAGACAAUGGUGUCCAUAGUUGUAGUGAUGACUAUCAUAGAUACAGACAUAUGAGUGGACGCAGCUAUGAGUUGGACACAAACCAUACAAAUUUGUAAGAAACGCAAGAAAAAGAGUCAAAAGCGGUCGCAAACCAUGAAUUUGAUGCACAAGACUAUCAAAAGUCAUUUAAAUGGACACAACUCUCAUACGGUUUGUCCAAACACUUCGAUUUUCAAAGUGAAUGUCAAUAUAGAAGACGAGUCAUUAAUAAACAAAAAAUUACCGAAAGAGCUAUUAUUGCGAAUAUUUUCAUAUUUAGAUGUCGUGUCUCUGUGUCGUUGCGCUCAGGUGUCAAAGAGCUGGAAUAUUCUAGCAUUGGAUGGCAGUAAUUGGCAAAGAGUUAAUUUAUUUGAUUUCCAGACCGAUAUCGAGGGACCGGUAGUCGAGAAUAUUUCUCGUCGUUGCGGAGGAUUUCUUAAGCGACUUUGUUUGAAGGGCUGUAAGAGUGUCACAGAUGGAGCUCUUCGGACGUUUGCUCAAAACUGUCAGAACAUCGAAGAACUCAAUUUAGACGACUGCAAGAAGUUAACUGAUAUCACUUGUCAAAACCUUAGUGUCCACUGCUCUAAAUUAUUACAUUUAAAUCUAUGUUCUUGUAGUGAAAUUAGUGAUUUAUCGCUUCGAGCACUCGGUGAGGGCUGUCCUAAUUUGGAGCACAUAAACCUCUCGUGGUGUGAACAAGUGACCAAAUAUGGUAUUCAACAGUUGGUCAACGGGUGCACCAAAAUUAGUGCCUUUAUAUGCAAAAUGUGUCCUCUUAUUAAUGAUGAGGCAGUGAUAGCAUUAACCAACAGUUGUCAUAACUUACAAGUGCUUAAUCUUCACGGCUGUUCUACCAUUUCUGAUGAGAGCAUUCAGAGUGUGGCACACAACUGUCCGAAUAUGCAUUAUUUAUGUGUAUCCAAUUGUACUAAUCUAACGGAUGCAUCAUUAUUAGCUUUAGGACAGGGAUGUUCAUCACUUAAAACUCUUGAGGUGUCGGGUUGUAGUCAAUUCACAGAUACGGGAUUUCAGUCAUUGACUAGAAAUUGUCAUCAAAUAGUAAUGUUAGAUCUCGAGGAAUGUGUUCUCAUCACUGAUUUGACACUUUCAUAUUUAUCAGCCGGUUCUUCUCUACUCAAGGAAUUGAGUCUUUCACACUGUGAACUUAUAACAGAUGAGGGUAUCAGGCAUUUAGGCACCAGUGCCUGCUCUUCACAGCACUUAACUGUUCUUGAAUUAGAUAACUGUCCUUUAAUUACUGACACAGCACUCGACCAUUUAAUAACGUGUCAUAGUUUGCAACGAAUUGAGUUAUAUGACUGUCAACUGAUUACCAGAGCUGGCAUUAGAAGAUUAAGAAGUCACUUACCUGACCUCAAAGUGCACGCCUACUUCGCACCGGUCACUCCGCCACCAUCUGUGGCACCCCGACCGCGAUAUUGUCGAUGUUGUGUUAUUUUAUGAUUUACUAAAUCAAUUGUUUUUUAAGGAAUUAUCAAUAAUUCUGAAGAAAAGCACAGAAAACAACAAAAUCUUCCAAAGAUUUGACAGACUUAUGGAUCAGUCGUAAACUGAUUGCAAGUCAUAUGGAAUCAAAUUCCGAUCGAUUCACAAAUCAAUUGUCAUUAACGCCACCAUUACUUCCAAAUGAAUACUACUUUGGCUUUCAUCUAAUACCAGAAGUUUAUUGUAUAUAUAAAAGAAAAACAUCACAAAUGUCUAAAUGCUUAUUGUUUUUUACUGUUAAAAAUAUUAUAAUUAUUCUGAAUAUUUAUGAAUAGCUGUAUAUUUUAAUUUGCAUUUAUAUUAUCUAUUAAAAUGAGC